UUUAGACUACAUGAUCGUCAUUCAUCCGCCCCUCGUCCUGGAAAACUUAUUGCCUGAGGCUUGCGUCUUCAGGCUUUAUGAUUUUACGAGUAAAGCCAUGCUUUGGAAGGCGCAUCUGCAAGCCGGUCAAUCAAUGCCUAUCCAUGACGUCCGAGUCGACUGUUCAGUGCUUCUCGACGUCCAAACUGAGG